AACGUUUACAGCUGGAAUUUGCACACGUCCACGUGAAAGUUGGAUUUAGUUUUUAUUAAAUUUAUAGUUAAAUUGUUUUAUAUAUAUUUUUAUUAAGAAACGUGUAGUUUUAAUUAUUAAAUAUGUCGAAAUCAAAAUCGAAGAAAAAGGAACACUUUGCUGAAGAUGAAGAUAUAGAAGAUAAUACCAGUAAUAAGAAAGCUGGUAAAAAAGGCAAGAAGGGUAAACGUGGAGAUGAUUUCAGUGAUGGUGAGAUUCCACCAACGAAGUCGGCAAAUAAUGAAACGGACGAGAUGGAAAGUGUUAAAUCAAGUAGUAAACCCAAUGCCAAAACAAAAAAAGGUAAAAAAGGCAAACGAAAAGACGAUUGGAGUGAUGACGAACAAAAUGUAGAACCACAACCUGCUGUUUCCUCAAAGAAGAAAACAGCCAAGCAUCGCAAUGACAGUGAUAUUGAAGAUGAAGAAAUUAACAAACCAGCACCCACAAAAAAAUCAAACAAGAAAAAUAAAAAGUCUAAAAAAGAUGAUUGGAGUGAAAAUGAAAGCGACAAUGACAAUGAAAACGACAUUGAAACAAAAGUAGAAGUAGCCAAACCAAUUGCUAAGAAGCAGCAGAAGAAAGGUAAAAAAUCUAAAAAAAAAGAUGAUUUUAGCGAUGAUGAUGAAGUCGAAAAUCAAAUAUUGAAUGAAACGGAUAGUGAAGAAGAUGAGUCAAUACCAGUUGCUAAGCCAGCUUCGAAGAAAGCUGCUAAGAAGCAGCAAAAGAAGAAUAAAUUUGAACUAAGCGAGGAAGAAGAAGAGCUGGAAGAUGAAGUUGAAAUCGAUAACACCCCAACGCCAGAAACUGAAGUCAAAACUGAAGUUAAAACAAAAAAUGUAGAACAGAAACCACUAGAAGAAAAGCCAACAGUUGAGAAUACUGAAAUUAUACAAAAAGUAGAAAAUCUAACUAUAACAGCUGAAGAAGCUGCAACUCCAAGCUCAGACUUAGAACCAGAAGUUGACGAAGCUGGCACUGAAGCAGAAUCGAAAGGAAAGAAACUAACACAUAAGGAGAAGAAAAAACAGAAGAAGCAACAAGACUACGAAAAACAAAUAGAGUUUUUAACCAAAAAAGGUGGCGCUGGACAAUCGGAUUUGGACAGCAACUUCACUUUAUCACAAGUACAGAAAAGUGCACAACAAUUAGAAAAUGCAGUAGAUAUUAAAAUAGAAAACUUUACAAUAUCAGCAAAAGGUAAUGAUUUAUUUGUAAAUGCAAAUCUACUUAUUGCUAACGGUCGCCGUUAUGGUUUUGUUGGUCCAAAUGGUCAUGGUAAAACUACAUUAUUACGCCAUAUAGCUUCAAAAGCUUUCAACAUACCACCAAAUAUAGAUGUGCUGCUCUGUGAACAAGAAGUCGUAGCAACCGACAAGUCAGCGAUUGAAACAAUUCUCGAAGCAGAUGAGAAACGUACUAAGCUAUUAGCAAAAAGUAAAGAACUGGAAGAGCAAUUCGCUAGUGGCGAUAUGAGUGUACAAGAAGAAAUGUCUGCUGUCUAUGCAGAGCUGAAAGCAAUUGGUGCAUAUUCUGCAGAAGCACGUGCACGUAGAAUCUUAGCUGGUUUAGGAUUCAGCGAGGAAAUGCAAAAUCGACCAACAAACAAGUUUUCUGGUGGUUGGCGUAUGCGCGUGUCCUUAGCGCGUGCUUUAUAUUUAGAACCAACACUCUUAAUGCUUGAUGAACCUACAAAUCAUUUAGAUUUAAAUGCUGUCAUUUGGUUAGAUAAUUACUUACAAAGCUGGAAAAAGACUUUACUUAUAGUUUCUCACGAUCAAAGUUUCCUCGAUAAUGUUUGCAAUGAAAUCAUACAUUUGGAUACGAAAAAAUUGUACUAUUAUAAGGGUAAUUAUUCGAUGUUCAAGAAGAUGUAUGUGCAAAAGAGACGAGAAAUGAUAAAAGAAUAUGAAAAGCAGGAAAAGCGUAUUAAGGAAUUAAAAGCACAUGGCCAGUCUAAGAAAGCUGCAGAGAAGAAACAAAAGGAAGCGCUCACACGCAAACAAGAAAAAGGUAGAUCAAAACAACAGAAACAAGAAGAAGAUGAUGGACCACAAGAACUGCUUGAGCGUCCAAAAGAAUAUAUUGUUAAAUUUCGCUUUCCGGAACCUACACAAUUACAACCACCAAUACUUGGUUUGCACAAUGUUACAUUUGCAUUUGAGGGUCAAAAACCUUUAUUUAUAAAUACAGAAUUUGGUAUUGAUCUUUCGAGUCGUGUUGCUAUAGUUGGUCCUAAUGGUGUUGGUAAAUCAACAUUCCUGAAACUACUCUUAGGUGAAUUGGAUCCACAAAAAGGUGAAUCACGUAAAAAUCAUAGAUUAAGAAUAGGACGUUUUGAUCAGCAUUCCGGUGAACAUUUAACUGCAGAAGAAUCAGCUGCUGAAUACUUGCAACGUCUCUUCAAUUUACAACACGAAAAAGCGCGUAAAGCUUUAGGCUCCUUUGGUCUUAUAAGUCAUGCACAUACAAUCAAAAUGAAAGAUUUGUCGGGUGGACAAAAGGCACGUGUAGCAUUGGCCGAACUUUGUUUGAGUGCACCCGAUGUGCUUAUAUUAGAUGAACCUACAAAUAAUUUAGAUAUAGAAUCUAUUGAUGCACUUGGCGAAGCUAUUAAUGAGUAUGAAGGUGGAGUUGUGAUAGUAUCUCACGACGAACGCCUCAUAAGAGAUACAAAUUGCACGCUGUAUGUGAUAGAAGAACAAACUAUUAACGAAAUUGAUGGUGAUUUCGAUGAUUAUCGUAAAGAAGUAUUGGAUGCUCUUGGUGAAGUUGUCAACAAUCCGAGUGUGGUAGCAAAUGCCGCUGUUUUAUAAAAUACUGGAAUGAAAACAUUUAAAAAUAUUUAUUUUUUACCUUUAUAGAAAAUUUUAUCUGUAUGAAUUUCAUAGUUAUAUAUCUAUAUAUUCUUUUUUUGUUGUUUUUAUUUGGCUUUUUUUUUUGCAAUUUACAAUAAUAUAUAUAAAUAUAUAAAAUUCGUUGUAAUUGAAUAUAAAAAUUAAAUCAUUUGC